GAGCCCCUGCUACCAAGAUAGUUCACGUCCCACUCUGCUACGACGUCAACCAUUGUCUCAUUCGCGAACAAGCGUAACGUUACACACAUGUUAAACAUGGAUGAGUGGACACACAAGAAGUCAGCUAAUAGGAAUGGACAAUUUAUUUUCAUGUAAAAAAGCUUACACAAAAAAAUACCACGUAAGGUAACAACGGAAACGCCCGAGAAAGUGGUCAAGCGGGGGAUCAUCUCGUCGCGGUUGUGUAGUCUUUGAUGGAUGUGAGCUGUGGAUGACAACCGUCCAGCCCGUCGCAUCAACAGCAGCAGCGGCAUCAUCAGACUGUCUAUCACCGCCGAGGGGAGCGACGCGACCCGGAGGAAGGAAGGAGAGAGAGGAAGAGGAAGAGAAAGAGGAUUUACGGACACCAACACCGACCAAGCAUGGCUACCCAAACGACUGCAUCAUGCACUGGGUCCACUCUGUUGCAGCCAAUCAGCGACAUCAUCAAUCUCCCUGUUGACCAGGUAAACUUUGUGGCAUGUCAGCUGUUCGCCCUGCUAAUGGCUGUGUGGUUUCGGAUCUACCUCCACCCCAGUAAGACCAGUCCUUUCAUCAGACAUGUGGUGGCCACUCUACUGGGUUUCUACUUAGCUCUCUUCUGCUUUGGCUGGUAUUCCCUCCAUUUCCUGGUGCAGAGCGGUCUGUCCUACAGUGUGAUGGUCUUCGCUGGCCUGGAACACAUGCACAAGUACUGCUUCAUUGUGACGCUCGGCUACCUGAUAUCAUGUCAGAUCACACGAGUCUACGUGUUCGACUACGGCAUGUACUCUGCAGAUUUUACAGGGCCCAUGAUGGUUAUAACACAGAAGAUUACCAGCUUGGCGUUUGAAAUACAUGAUGGUUUGACCAAGCGAGAGGGGCAGCUGACUCCCAGUCAGAAAUACCUAGCUAUCAGGCGGAUGCCCAGCUUGCUGGAGUACUUGAGCUACAACUGUAACUUCAUGGGCAUCCUGGCAGGGCCCACCUGCUCUUACAACGACUACAUGGCCUUCAUCGAAGGCACGUGCUACCAGCCACGCCACCAGGAGAACGCCAACGGCAAGGAGAACGGGAAGUACAAGCAGAGCGAACCCUCCCCCAAGAAUGACGUCAUCUCCAAGCUGUGUACAUGUGCCAUCUCGCUGGCCAUCUAUCUGUCGCUGUGCAAGCUGCUGCCAGUGGAGCACUCCAUAAACGACGACUUUGUCAGCUCCACACCUUUCCAUCUUCAGGUCAUCUACCUUUACUUGGCCAUGCUGGCUCUGAGGCCAAAGUACUACUUUGUCUGGACACUCGCUGAUGCUAUCAACAACGCUGCCGGAUUUGGCUUCAAUGGAUACAACAAAGAUGGCUCCCCACGGUGGGACCUGAUAUCAAACCUCAGAAUUCUGGACAUUGAGUUCGCCACAAGUUUCAAGAUGUUCCUAGACAACUGGAAUAUCCAGACAGCUCUUUGGCUCAAAAGGGUGUGCUAUGAGCGCUGUCACAUCAACCCCAUGGCUGCCACCUUCCUGCUGUCGGCCAUGUGGCACGGGGUUUACCCUGGCUACUACCUGACCUUCCUCACUGGCAUUGCCAUGACGAUGGCUGCACGCGCAGUAAGACAUAACAUCAGACCGUACUUCCUGGCCUCUGACUCGCACAAGCGCAUCUAUGAUGUCGUCACGUGGGCAGGGACUCAGGUUGCCAUUAGCUACACGGUGGCGCCGUUUGUCCUACUCGCUGUGGGACCCUCACUCAAAUUCUACAGGUCCUGGUACUACUGCUUACAUCUCCUCUGCCUGCUGGUGGUAAUGGCUCUACCUGUCAAAUCGAGACGCCGGCAGGCCAAAGAGCAGCAGGACGGCCUAAAGGACAACCAGACCGACCACAACAGCACAGACAACAACUGCAACCAGAAAGACAAAGCAACAUGAGGCUCCGGACAGCGACACACAGUCCCUUCAGCAGCGGGAACACAGAGACAAACUAAAACCACUGACAGCUGGAGUGUGGCGAGUCUGUUCACAAAGAACCAAAUAUCGGACGCUCUGAGAAUCCUAACAGACAGAAAACACAAGUCAAUGUUCUGUCAAAACUUUCAGUAGCAAGGAUGACAGCAAUCACAGUUUCUGACAUGGAUAAGAGACCAGGAUGUAACAAUGGCCAUAGUGUAAACUUAUGAGUGAUGGUGGUUACUUUACAAUACAUUAGUGGAAAUGAAGACUUCCAAGCUGCCUUAAACCCUCUAUGUACUCGGCUGAUGGAAUAACAGUUGGAUGGCAAACAGAUGAGACGUGCAGUAUGUGGAGGGUUUUUGUCAUUGUCUGGAUACAAGCCGCUGUAAGGUGGAAAUGAAAAAUGUUUUCAUGUAAAAGAAACAUUACUUUAUCAUCAGCUGCCAAUUUCAAACAGGCCUUAGGAUCCUCAAAACAUUGUUUGAUUUCUAUGUCUUUUUAAAAAAAAAACUUUAUUGGAGAAGAAUUCACAUUGUACGUGUUUUGUAUUUAGAUGUUUGUGACAACACUAGUCAGAUCCAUUCUCAAUGCUUUUUUUUUUUCCUGGGAUGAAUUGAAUGACAUACAGAGUCCCAAAGAUGAAUUCAGAUCUCGUCCAUCUCCAGCAGUGGAAAGUCUAAAUUAAUUUCUGUUUCUUUUUUUAUUUUUCAUAUCUGCUGCUUUUUUGACCGACAUAACUCAUCAGAUAAAUUAGUGUGAUUCAAAGGGACCUCAUUUACGCUGUUGCGAUUUCCAUUUUUUCUUUACAUAUUUCUGACCUGUUUUCAGGGGUGUGUUUUGUUUGUUUUUAUGACCUGUGUUAAAAUGUCGUGCCUCUGUAAUACAAGUAUCCAAAAUUAUUUAAUGAGAGUCCUAAAUAAUAAAAUUGUAUAAUUUGGUAAACACAGUGGAGUGUUAACAUCACUGUUGAACACACUGUAGAACACAGUUUUAUUCAUUGUCUUAAAUCCUACAAAUAUAACAAAUCUAGUGAAAUUACCACAUUCACUGAAGACGUAUUUAAUUGUCAAAAGGUUUUGUAGCCAUAAUUAUUAAAAGUCAAUGGAAUGUAAAAGAAAAGUUUAAAAAUGAAUGCACAGUGCACUAAAAGCACAUAUUGUGGUCGGGCUGCCAACUAUGUAAUUGGAAUUUGGAAUUAGCGUUUGACUGCGAGGAGAUCUGAUAAGGUUAUUUAUGUUUGUAACAUAAUAAUAAUGUACAAACAUUCAAAGACAUAGACCAGCUUAUGUGGUAAAUGGUCUUAUUUCAUAUUGUGUGCACUUACAUUAAAAUAGGGGAUAUUUCAGGGUGCAUUUACUGUAGGAUGAGAGCGACACUGGUUCCUCACAUGGUUUCUGUUCACGGCUCUCCUUUAGCCUUUCAAAUCAUCCAGUUUACUCUUCAUAACAUUCAGCCGUUCAAAAAGCCACCCAUGUGAUUUCUGUAUCAUUAGACUUGUUUUUAUUUUAGUGAAGGAAAUGUGGUGCAGAGGAGACAAGCUGAAACGCACCUCACUUUUGUCGGUUGUCUGGGUAAUUCAAGCCCACAAUAUCAAACACCUUAGUCGUACAUUUUGUUUUCUUCCAAUUGUCACUAAUUUGAGUUGGUUUGGUGCAUUUGUGUUAUGUAAAAUAAUAACAAAGCAGCAGAGGGAAGCUUUUUCCAUUUCUUUCUAAGAUGUUCUAACGUUUGCAUAUUUCUGCCAUAACUGUGUGUGUUCCAGUAUUCAUGUUAUCCGUACAUUUUGAUGUGGUCUCAUGUAAUCUAUAUUUGUAGCCUGGGCCUUGUGUAGGAGAGUGUGGCCCACUUAAGGGAAAGGGACGUCAUUCUACAAACAAAGCGAUUAUUGCACUGCAUGGCCACCCAAACCAGCAGAUCAAUGCAAAUGGCUCCAUAUGUCCAAAGUGCCAAAUCAUGAAUGGCGCAUUUUUGUUUUGUGUGUAUGUGAGCAUGCGUGCCUGCGUGCGUGUUUGUGUGUGCAAAUGUGUCCAUGUAUUAUGUGUGUGUGUGUGUGUGUGUGUGUGUGUGCGCGCGCCUGUGUAACAUAACGGUUAUUUUUGUGUCAGAAGGAACUUUAUUGAAAGAUUUGUAUAACAGUCCAUUAAAAUUCUGAUUUAUGUGGCAAAAUAAAGAGAAAUUAUUUUU